UGUCUUCGCCCUAUGAUUAUAAAACCCUCAAUACAGUAUAUCCACCAAAUCCAACCCAUACAUUAAAUCACCACUUUUCCUCGACCAAAGACAUUCAUCCAGACUCCAGGCCAAGAUCUUCACCCACCCACUCUUCUCAUUUGAUCGCCUGACUAUAAUUCCCAGCGUCAUCAACACCUUGAUUACGAGAAAUUCAAUCAUUAUCUGGACCUUCUUGCGGUGCGCAACUGAUAAUAUGGUUCAUAUCACCAGACUUGCUGGAACCAUCGCCUCGAGAUAGGUGCCUCCAUCGACACCAAGAAAGUUCCAUGUCAGUUCUGGCGACGACCAAUCAUACCUGAUCAUUCGUCUACUCUUUGUUUUGUCGCCAUGGAGCAUCUUUUCCCAUAUCCCAAGAUGGGUUCGUCGUUUCUCGAAAUUCUCCAAGACCAACUCACCAGGAAACUACUCGGAUUUGAAGCCAUCCAUGCAGAGGAGAUUUCUUUCAUUUCCGGUGUCACCUCGAGAUUGAAAUUCCUCCUCCAAGACCAGGCAAACCACCUUCCAUUUCUCAAAAUUGGCUACACUGCUCUCGAGGCUUUCUUACAAGCUAAUGCGACUGGUCCCCCGUUGGAUUUCAAUUCCGAACACUCCGUCUUCCCAGAGCCGUAUCGUCGUCAAGGCCUGGAGCCCCUGAAGAGUGAACUUCUGCAGUCCCUCACUAUUGAUGGCAUAGCUCCAUACUCUUUGACUCCACACAUUGAGUUAUUCUGGCUGGCACAAAUCAUCAUGUCUAACCCCAUAUUGGCAGAAGCUGGCUUCAAUGGUCGACGAGCAAGAUUCAGAGUCAACUAUUGGCAUCAAAAGUUGCUCGCCGAGGCUUCGUCCUCUCUUCAUGAUCAGCUUUACACGGAUGGGGAUGUCCUACAUCACCAGCUGCAAUCGCGUCUUACUUUUGGAGGUGCUGCCGCCGAAGAACACUUUGUCGAGUUUCUGGUCGAACGCGCCGUCAUUCGUACACACUACGCUGACGGUGCUUUGGCCCGACAAGACCUUGCACUUGCCGCCACUACCAGACACUUCCAGUUCAUCUUGACUGGCGCAUUAGGAAAGCGCACAAAGUAUCAAAAUCGAGAUCUCAGUCAACUCGUUGUACUGGCCAAAAGUCGAGACCAUGAGCCCGAGCCUUACAGCAGUAGAAAGAGCAGCAGGGCAGAAGGCAUGGACUCCAGAAAGGGAAGUGCUGACAUAGAUUCGAGAUCCAACUCACACUCUCGGCCACUGUCUGGUCGUCCCAAAAGUCCCAUAGUGGCUUCAAGUCCGCCCCCACUAUCACCAUCAACAACGAGCUUACGACCAACCACACCAACAACUCCCACUCGAUCAAAGGAUCUUCACGAACACCUCUCUCCUCUUGCAAAUCCUCCUACACAACCUGAAGAUCUCCCUCUCAAUGAUGACACCUUACUCGAACGCAUUCAGUUCAAGGCUACACUGGCACCAGUACAUGCAGACACCUUGACAAAUGUUGUCUCUCCUGAUUCAGCCCUACCACCUCAACUUGCUGCUCUCGAUCCAGCAAAUCAGCCUCUUUUGUUUCCCAUGGACAGCAUCAUUCUUUUAGCUACGGCUAGUAGUAUUUCCAACACCUCUCCUGCGGACGGUCUCGUAAGAGAAGAAACCUUGCCUUAUGCGACUCGAGUUCUUGACGGUGGAUCCUCCAACUGGCAGGUGUACACACAGGCUCUGCUCGUCCGAAGUCGAAUCGAGAGCUACAAGUCGCGGACGACGGAAAGAGGUCUCUUGCAAUUACAGGCCCUGGUCGAUCAAGUCAUUGCAGAAACAUCAGAAACGUCCAAUGCCUCUCCUGUCACGUCUGAGCCUCCUACAGACGAUUCCUCACGUUCGACAUCGUCGGAUAUUAAACUGUCAGCGCCAGCUUCAGCCCCCACCUCGGCACCAACGACAUUUCUGCCAAAGGCUUCCUCUAAGGAAUCCGCGUCUGUCGCUGAACGUCUCAGAUUCAUCUAUCAGAUAUCCCCCCCAUAUCGAUGGGAACUUGAGGCUGAGCUUGCGGCACGCUGGACUUCAAUGGGAGGUCUCAAAACAGCACUGGAGAUUUAUGAACGCCUACAAAUGCAUGCUGAGGUUGCGCUUUGCCUAGCGGCAACUGACAGAGAAGCUGAUGCUAUCAAAUUGAUCAAGGACCUUGUCUUUGAGCAAGUCACUGCACCGGACGACAACACAGCAACAGAUGACGAUACAAAGACAUUAAAAUUACGCUCACCUCUUCCCCCAGAUACGCCCCGCCUUCUUUCCAUCCUUGGCGACAUCACAUCGCUUCCGUCAUACUACACUCUUGCUUGGAAUGCAUCUGGACAUCGUUACGCUCGAUCUCAACGCUCGCUUGGCCGCCACUAUGCCAAACAACGAGACUUUCCCUCUGCUGCAGAAUCAUACAAGCUUGCCCUUGGCGUUUCAAAACUUGAUCGAUCUAGCUGGUUCUCCUUGGGUUGUGUUCAGCUCGAACUGGAGGACUUUGCCGGUGCGGUCGAGAGUUUUACCCGAUGUGUUCAGUUGGAAGACGACGACGGAGAAAGCUGGAGUAAUUUGGCCAUCGCUUUGCUCAAGUUACCGACUCCUCUCGUUCCAGAAGACACGAGCUCUCAAUCACAAGACAAACAGUCAAAUAUCCAACGCUAUGAUGAUGAAGAGGAAGGUCAGUCAACUGAUCCGCUCCAAACGUCAACUCCUGCCGCCCCGAAUCCCUAUGCAAACACCUACGCCGCUCUUCGUGCACUUCGACGUGCCUCAGGUUUGAAACGAGAUGAUCCUAGAAUCUGGGAUAAUUAUCUCACUGUUGCAGCAAGUAUUCCUCCGAGCGCCGGUACUCCUUGGGGAGAGAUCAUUCAGGCUAUGAGUCGGGUGGUCGAGUUACGUGGGAAACGUGAGGGUGAAGGAGCAAUCGACAUUAAGAUAUUGCAGGUUCUGGUCAGAUACAUCACUGAUGGCUUCCCGUAUCCUUCUGGCGAUGGGGAAGAAAGGGAAGAAAGUGAAGGCAAGGACGAUUCUGCACCAACAUCAGCGACGAAGCAACUUCCCCAUGUCCCCUGGUCUCUCCUUCAACUCAUUGAUACCCAAAUCACUCCACUCGCAACAUCCAACCCGGAACUGUACACUAUCUUGUCUCAUGUUUCACAAUGGCGUCUUCGACCCUCACAAUCACUCUCACAGGCCGAGAAAUCUUGGCGAUUGACCCUGACAGCAAUUUCAUUGUCUGAAGAAUUCGAGAAUGUGAGUGAAUCGUUAUGGAAUCGGGCUGUGGACAAGACCAUUUGGAUGAUUGAAAGAUAUCGAGACCUUGGUCCGAUGGAAAGAGAGAGAACUGGUGGUUUGGUUGAACCGAAGUGGAGAUUCAAAGCCAGAACGGCAGGGAGGAGAGUAUUGGGUCGGGCAAAGGCUUGGGAGGGAAGUGAGGGAUGGAAGAGGUUGACAGAUGCAUUAGAAGCGGUCAAGGAGUAGUGCACGCAGUGAUGAGGAUGAGAUAUGUGAAAAGUUCUUUGGUAAUGAG